CGCUGGGCAAGGAGGUUCGAGAGGUGCUGUUGCCGGUGCGCCACCUACUUCCCAUUACUUUUCGUCUACGGCCUGACCACCUGGGCAGUCCUGGUGGUCUGCAGUAUAGGAUAUAAUGCGCAAAACUCGAGCUGGAUAGGGACGCCAUCCUCCCUCAUAGCCAUACUACUCUAUGCCCUUCUCAAUUGGUCCUACACGACGGCCGUCUUCACCCCGCCGGGCAGCACAACCAACGACAGCGGCUAUAGCACGCUUCCGACCCAAGAGACCCCCCGACCGACCGCCACCCUGACCGUCAAGUCCAACGGCGAGAUGCGCUUCUGCAAGAAGUGCCAGGCCCGCAAGCCCGACCGCGCCCACCACUGCUCGACCUGCCGGAGGUGUGUGCUCAAGAUGGACCACCACUGCCCCUGGCUGGCCACCUGCAUCGGCCUGCGCAACCACAAGGCCUUCCUGCUGUUUCUGAUCUACACGUCACUCUUCAGCCUCUGGGCCGCUGUGGUCGCCGGGUCGUGGCUCUGGACCGAGGUCAUGGCCGACACCACCUACGUCGAGAGCCUGAUGCCCGUCAAUUACAUUGUGCUCGCCGUCAUCGGCGGCAUUAUCGCCCUCGUCGUCGGCGCCUUCACCAUCUGGCAUAUCGUGCUCGCGGCCAGGGGUCAGACCACCAUCGAGUGCCUGGAGAAGACCAGAUACCUGUCGCCGCUGCGGAAGACGAUGCAGAACACAUACAGGGCGCAGCACACAGACGGCCGCGGCAUCCCCUUGCCCAGGUACGGCCAGCAGCUGCUGGACAUGCACCAGGACAUCCUGCCGGGUGUGACGCGCCCGGAGGAAGGAGAAGAGCUGCGCACCCUGGCGCCCAGCGGACGCGACGAGACAAACCAGCCGCCCCUCGUCAACGGAGUGCCACGGCACAUGUCGUACGAUGAAAUGGAGCGCACGCGGGCGCGCAAGCGCUACGAGGAAUACCUGGACGAGCAGGACAGCGGCAAGCUGCCCAACGCCUUCGACCUGGGCUGGCGGCGCAACCUGCUGCACCUCUUCGGGCCCAGCCCUUACCUGUGGGCCUUCCCCGUGUGCAACACCACCGGCGACGGCUGGAACUGGGAGCCCUCGCCCAUGUGGCUCGAGGCGCGGGACAGGGUGUCACGCGAGCGCGACGCGCAGAGGGCUCGCGAGCGGGCGGCCGGGUGGGGCAUGCCGGACGGGGACGACGUUGCCAACGGCGGUGCCGGCAAUAACGAUGGCGGUGUCGUGACCUGGAACCCGCCACUCGCGGGCGGCGCGGGCCGACACUACGUGGACCCCCCUCACAAGCCGCAGAGCAAGGCCGACAAGGUGCUCGGGCGGGACCCGAACCUCUACGCAGACAAC